GCAGAAUUCCCUUGUUGCCGGGGUAACAAUGGCUCCUUAUGUAGCUGACCUGCUUCUUUUUUGAAGGGGGUAAAAGGCCGGCGAGAGCUGUAAAGUUGCUCUUGCAUUCAGUUGGCCCUGCUCUGGAUUCCCUCACAAAAAAUACUGUUGGUUCAAUUCAAAUUUGAAAUAGUUAAUAAAAUAAAAGUAAAAUUCAGUUGAUAAUAAUCAUAAGGUAUUUUACCAUUUCGUUUUUACAUCUGAUCCUAGUAUUGACGGAGAGCGAUCAGGAUUCACCCAGGAGGGUAUAUCCCCCUAGUUCUCUCUCUUUUUCAACCAAUCAAUAUUCAAUUUGCAUUUUUUUCUCCUCUCCCCUCCGGUUGUGGCAUCGUUGUUAUCGAUCUGUCUGACGGGAUGUAUGAUAAUGAAGCGUUGCAUGCUGGGCUAUCUCAUUACGCUCUAUAAUGGUGUCACUGGGUCACCCAGUCGGUAGGCCACGGUGAUUUAUGCGGCCUUUUAAUUCAGGAGGACGGUUUAUGUUAUCCAUGUGGCGAGACCAAAAGCGAAAACGCCGACGAAUAGGCUGUGUGUAACCAAAACCUGUUUUGUGGAAUGCUGUGGUUAGUGGAACACGACUCCUUGCAGAUGAAAAGGAUAGCAAUGAUUUAGAUGAGUUGUUCUUUAUAGAGAGCAUCACACCAAGUUCUCUUCUCAUUAUCUUAAAAUAAUGAGUGUUUUGUGAUAAUUAGUAAUUACUUUAUUUUAUUCCGAAAUUGUUUUUUUGAAGAUUGAUCUUGCGCCAUGUGUGCGUCUGGCCCAGGCCCCGUAGUAAGAUGUGGGUUGUUCGGCAGUACCAGUAAAACCUGUUCAAGCACUCGUAUCGUUUUCCCAUACCGAUGUCGGAGGUGAGAACCACAAUUGCCUGCUGGCACAAAGGCUGCACCUUUUUUUACUGUGACACCACUACAAAAAAUGCACCGUCCUAGUACACAAUUCCACAAAGAACUCAAGUUCACUCAUAAUCUCACGUGAAUUGACUGAUGAGGGAAAGAGAGGGGGGGAAGCAGAGAUGGACAGGGCUUUUCUCAGAGCACCUCCCUCUUCCCAACCCUGUCUUCACAUGGUAGGAAAAGCAUCCUUACAAUUGCAUUAGGCCACCUAAUAACCUUCAUGUUGUUUACCUAAUGGCAUUUAUGUCUACAUAACGACGUUAAACCAAGCAUACGGAGAAAGCCACCUAGAGUGAGUCAAUGUUACAAUGACAUUUCCUCUCCACGGUCUUGAAACAGACCGAGAGGUUUUUGUUUUGGUAUACGGCUUUGCAGACUGUCUGCCCUAUACAUAUGAGGAGAUUUUGAGGGGGUUUUGGUAUUCGGCUUAGCAGACUGUCUGCCCUACACACAUGUGGUGCAUAGCGAAGCUAGGGAGGGAGACGGAGAUUUAAAUAUUUUACACCGUUACACUUUGGCUGAAAGGUCUGCUGCCAUUUUGGGGCUUAUUUUGUUGCUGACCACAAAACAAGUUUUUUUGUGUGGGAGGACCCAGUCAAUGUUUAAGUCCAAAUCCCCCCCCGAAUAUUUUGUUUAUCCACAUGAAUGCUUUGGCUGGACAAAGCAUGAUUUCAUGUGUUCUAGUUGUAGAACAGCUUUGUUUUAUGUUUUCAUAAAUUGCAUUUUGUUUAAUAUGUUGGCAGAGAAUUUAAAUCCAUAAAUAUGUGCUAAAAAACAUUCCAUUUGCCAUUCCUUUAAUCAAAUGCAUAAAUAACACACCAUAACCCCUGUCUGUGAUGUAUGAUAGAGUUAUAGAUGACUCCUAGUUCUCUGGUUGGCUGUGAUAUGCUGUCCUCAGUACAGCUUAUCUGUGAGGUGAGAACUGUCGAUAGCCAGGAGAUGCUGCUACGAAACGUUCCGUCCAAUGACUCAUGGCCUGGAACGCCGCAUCUGAUAAGACCCAGUGGUCAUCAGCUCUGUCACCACCGUGGCGAGGAGAUGGAAGGCUGUUCUCCUGCUAUGCCCGCCUCUGCGCUUCAGUCCUUUCUGAUGUCGACCUCACGUUGGUGUCUUUAAAGAUCAUACUUUAUUACCUUCUUCGCUACGUGUCACAGGAGAUGCCUAUUAGUCACCGGUUCAAAACGGUAUAUCUGCAUUCCGACGUGUUUGUUGUUGCUUUCUGUGAACGAAUACCGGAAAGCCAGAGCAUCUUGCUGUUAUCAUCUGUUCAGAGGGAACCUGACGGUGCCCAGGUUAGCAGAGUCCAACAUGGGCCUGGGAGUGCUGGGCGUGUUCCUGGGCCUCCUUCUGGAGGUCUCCAGCCACGGGCCCCACAGCGGGCCCCGCACCACCUGGAAGCACCAAGACGUGGACCUGUUGGAGUUCUCCGAGCCGGGGGUCUUCAACUACUCCACUCUGCUGCUGAGCGAGACGAGGGACGCGCUGUACGUCGGCGCCCGGGAGGCCAUCUUUGAGCUGAGCAAGAGGAACGUGACGGUCCGCAACAACAAGGUCCAGUGGAAGGUUGCGGAUACGCCUAUGAGCAUGUGCAUGCUGAAGGGGAAAUCUAAAGAGAAGGACUGCCUGAACUACAUCCGGGUGCUGCAGGUGCUGAACGAGGAGCACCUGUACGUGUGUGGGACGCACGCCUUCCAACCACAGUGUGACUAUCUGUCGAUCAAAGACUUUGUGCUGGAGGGCCGGGCGGAGGACGGCCGGGGGAAGUGUGCCUUCGACCCGUCGCACAGCGUCACCACCGUCAUGGUUGAUGGCGAGCUCUACUCCGGCACGGUGUAUAACUUCCUGGGCAGUGAACCCAUCAUCUCGCGGUACUCCCCUCAGCAGGCCCUGCUGCGCACAGAGUACUCCACGUCAUGGCUCAAUGAGCCCAGCUUCGUGUUCGCGGACGUGAUCCGGGAGGGCGGGGGUCCUGCCGGGGAGGACGACAAGAUCUACUACUUCUUCACCGAGGUGUCCGUGGAGUACGAGUUCUUCGGCAAGCUCUUCAUCCCCCGGGUGGCUCGCGUCUGCAAGGGAGACCUGGGCGGUCAGCGCACGCUGCAGAAGAAGUGGACGUCCUUCCUGAAGGCCAAGCUGGUGUGCUCCAUGCCCGAGCUCAACUUCGUGUUCAACGUGGUGCACGACGUGUUCGUCCUGGAGGCGGAGGACUGGCGCAACACGCUCAUCUACGCCGUCUUCACAUCCCAGUGGGGCAACGUGGGCCUUUCGGCCGUGUGUGUGUACAACAUGGCGCUGGUGGACGAGGUGUUCUCCAAGGGGAAGUACAUGCAGAAGGCCACCGUGGAGCAGUCCCACACCAAGUGGGUCCGCUACAACGGCAUCACCCCGUCACCACGGCCCGGAGCGUGCAUCGACAAUGCCAUGCGGCAGGAGAACAUCAACAGCUCGCUGCACCUGCCCGACAAGACGCUGCAGUUCGUCAAAGACCACCCCCUCCUGGAGGACCCCGUGCUGCCGGUGGGCGGGCGGCCCCACCUCAUCACCAAGGACGUCAACUACACCCAGAUCGCCGUGGACCGGGUGACGGCGCUGGACGGACGCGCCUACGACGUCAUCUUCACCGGCACCGACACCGGAGUCCUGCAUAAGUCGGUCCUGGACGAGGGAGAGGUGCACAUGGUGGAGGAGAUCCAGCUGAUCAAGAGCGGCGGGGCCAUCAAGAACCUGCUGUUGUCCUCCGAGACCCGCUCCCUGUACGCCGGGUCAGACUCCGGCGUGGUCCAAUCCCCCACCGCCUUCUGUGGGAAGUACCUGUCAUGUGACCAGUGUGUGCUGGCCCGGGACCCCUACUGUGCCUGGGACCCCAGCUCUUCGGCCUGCGUCAAUAUACUCGACCGCCCAAAAACGCAGAACGGUCUGAUCCAGAGUUUAAAAGGUGACGCAGAUUCCUGUCCUGCAGUGGCGGCGCUCUCCCCCCGGGACUACGGGCGCGUGCUGGUGCGUCCGGGCAGCUCGGCGGAGCUCCCGUGCGCGCCGCCCUCCAACCUGGCGCUGGUGUCGUGGCGGCUCAACGGCUCGGCGCUCACCGAGGCCUCGCGCUUCCACUUCAUCGGCGAGGGGGGCCUGCUCAUCUACAGCGUGGGCCCCGAGGACCAGGGCCGCUACGAGUGCUGGUCCCUGGAGUGGGCCCCGGCCGCCGGCAAGAACUUCAGCCGGCAGGUGGCCGCCUACACCCUGGUGCUGGCCGCCCCCCCGGCCCCCCGGGGCCCCCGCAAGGACCUGGGCCGCGCCGCCCCGGAGCUGGGCCGCAGCGGCCCGCUCGGCGACCCCUUCCCCGAAGCCCCGGCCACCUCUUCCUCCUCCGCCUCCCUGUCUUCUGAAGGUAGCUCUCGCUCUGUCCUCUCCUCCUCCUCCUCCUCCUCCUCCUCCUCCUCCUCCAUGUCCUCCUCCCCCUCCGAGCCCAGCGUGGGUGUGGCGGGAGGGGGGGAGGCCGAGGUGAGGCUGCUGCCCCCCCUGCUGAAGGACCAGGCCUGGGGGCUGCACGCCCAGGAGGCCUUCUUGCUUUUCUGCCUGGCUCUUGGCCCGAGCGACACUCGUGUUCAUUGGCUGAUCAAUGGCCACAGUAUGGACACACCCAUUAUGGAGUACCGCCUGCAGCUGGGUCAGAGCGAGGUGCUGGUGAGCAGCUGGCUGAAGGGGGGACCGCUCAUCAAGGACGCCUCCUACAGCUGUGUGGCCGAGGCCGGCGCCGGCAGCGACGUGUCUGAGGUGGAGCUCCGCCUUCCCAUCGGAGAUCAGGAGAGCGUCCCGGCCAGAGAUCUGACCCAGUGGAGAGGAGCCCUCACGGAGCACGAGCACCUGCUCAAACGAUGGGAGAACGCCUGGGAUCGCUGCGAUGGCCAUGGAGCUCUGUGAGGAUGUCGCGUGCAUUACGUCACCACCGUCCUCUGAGCAACACAUUGUCCACGUCCAGAGUCCUGGACGUUGGUGUACCAGCAGGCCUCACGAUGGCACAGCUUGACGCAUUGUGAUGUCAGGGCAUUGUAGCAAAGUCUUGAUAAGACCCUACGGAAUGCAUAGGCCUUACUCUGACACCCUGUGUUCUGUUAAGGGGUCCCCCGGUGUUCCUGCUGUGCUGGAUACUCUGGGGAAAGGAUUUAGCUGUUGCCUUAAAGGGCCCUUGUUUUACCACUAGGUGUGAGGUUGAUGAGCCAUUUCAAGCCCUUUCACAAUCUGUCACUUUGUGGCGUGUCCACCCAGACGGACGGUUCGACUCCAUCGGGUUGAUCCAGUCCACUACUCUGCUGCUUCCAGCCAGAAGGAAACCUUGCACAUUAAAUGGCUAGUAAAGGCUCAUCAACAUGACCCCUGGUGGUGAAAGAAUAAGGGGCCUUUGUAAUGUGAGGGUAUAUGAUCUAUCGUUAAUUGUAUAAUAUAUUAAUCGGUUCACUUACUUAACUUUCAUUAAUUAUUCAUUUGUAGUCUGUUUAUAAUUUUUUGUCUUGGAUGUAAUAUCAGUUUUUUGACUGUGAAAAAUAAGAAAUAGAAGUUCUGGGUGGGAGAGCAAAGGCAAUCACAGAAAAUUGGUCUUAAUGUGUUGAAAGCACCCUAUGUGUAAAGUUUACACCUUUCUCUUGCUUCACCGUCCUUCAGCACCCCUGUGUCAUGUACGUGUGAUAGAAACAAUAACACAUUUUCACUUUUUGAUUGUAUUGUGGGAUGAAUGACAAUCUUAAUAUUCACUUGACGUCAAUCUUGCUUUUCUUGAGUAUUAUUAUCGUCACUUGCUAAGGGUUGGACAAUUUUUUAAAAAUGCAUAAUUCUUGAGGCUCUGAAGCAAAGUUCUGAAUUUAUCUUUUGUCACGGGUUGCAACAGGUUGUUUCUUUAUAGGUCACAAAUAAAAAUGUUGUACUGGGAGCCUGGUUAACUCCUUUCAUUGAGGUGUGUGAGGGUGUUAAGAGAGCGAGGGCAUUUGCAUGUUCCAAGUUCACUCCUUCACAAGUCAGUCGUGACAAGACUGUUUGUACCAUGCAGAUUAAAGCUCCCCAUUUAAAAAAAAAAAACACUCCCUUGUGUGAUGACAGCCAGUGACGUCGGUAACGAAUUUGAAAUCGCGUAAAGGUAAUUUGUUUGUGCAUUGCUGCUGCUAAAUGGACUAUGGUCUUGUUCUACAGUAGACCAACGCCUCCAGCAUGCUGUUUAAAGGUCAUACUCUUUAGUUUCUGUCUUUAGUCUAUGUUUGUAUAGAAAUCCUAUGGCUGUAACUGCACGUACACACGCACGCACAGGAAGCCACACACAAGCUAGUCAUAAGAUACAUCCCAGACCAAACUAAUGCACAUCAAUCCUUUAGUUUAGAGUCUUGUAUGAAAGAAAACCGGUUUGUUUUUAAUGUGGUAUUACAGUUU